AUGUCUGCAAAUUCACCACCAUCAGAUGAAACAAAACCAACGACGAAAAUAACAAGUAUCUGUCAAGUAUGUGGAGAUGAGGCCUCAAUUAUUAAUUAUGGUGCAUUAACUUGUUUAUCAUGCCGAACAUUCUUUCGUCGAAAUGGUUUUAAUAUAAAAGCUGUUUCUCGAUGUCGAUAUGGUUAUAAAUGUGAAUUGACAAAAUUAUCAAGAAAACAUUGUGCUGCAUGUCGUCUUGCUAAGUGUCUUGCUGUAGGCAUGAGCUCUGAUUUAAUACGUAAAGAAGAUUUAACUAGCCCAAAACGUAAAGAAGAUUUAACUGGACUAAAACGUAAAUUUACUACAUCUCAUGAAGAAAAAUUUGUUGAAAAUAAAACAAUUAUGACUAUACCACAAGCAAAUGCGUUAGAUUUUCCAGCAGAUGAUUGUUUACGUUCAAAUUUGAAUAGCUCAGAUUGGACUAUAAUUUCCAAUGUUAUACAUGCAUUUGAAAGAUUUAACCCAGUGCCAGAAAUUCGUCGUACGAUUGAAACAAUAACUACAUCAGCAUCUAGUUUUCAGUUUGAUUUAAAUCGAACACUUCAAAUGAUAUCAUCAUUUUCAAAUUGCUUACAAUUAUUUAUUAGUUCAGUACCUGACUUUAAAAUUCUAACUACAUCAGAACAAUGGUCUCUUUUGCAACGCAAUAUGUUUGGUCUUUUAUCUAUCGGUGGUAUAUAUUUAAUGCGUGAAUCUGGUAUAUUUGAUAAACCUGAAAAUGAAAUGGCUGUUGUACCUUUAUAUGGAAAUGAAGUUGUUCAACAAGCUAAAUUACUUAGUAGACAACUUGAUUGUGAUCCAACACUUCUCAAACUCAUGCUUAUAGCAAUUGCAUUUUCUUCAACUUGUUUUACAAACGAUAAUCGUGGAGAUACGACUAAAGAUAGUUUAUUAUUAGGUACAUUUCGUUUAUUUGGAAGUCAAAAUGUUUAUGUUGAACUUUUAUGGAAAUAUUUAAAUCAUCAAUAUGAUUAUUAUGAAGCAGCACAACAAUUUUCAAAACUUAUGAAACGUCUUCUUGAUGCUAUAAAAUUUUCAGCUGAAAUCUAUGAAAAUAAUCAAAUAUAUCAAAGAUUUAUUGAUAGUUUACUUGAAGAAGCUGAAAAAUCUGCAGUAAUUAAUGAUAAAACAAUUAUUCCACUAUGGGGAAAAGGUUAA